AGAGGAUUGAAAGUGUAAUCAAAACUUUGUACACACAGAAGUGGCUUGAGUAAGUCAGAAAGUGCCUUUGCGGAGGAGGUGCGCAAAUACACAAAAUUGCAGAAAUAUAUCUAUAUAUGUAUGAACAUAUAUAGUAUAUUUAAAUGAUCAAAUAUACAAAAUUUCAAGAGUGAAAGAGGGCUAGUGGUGAAUGAAGCAGGUAAAGGUACGGAAAGCACAAAACAAAUUAAGCGAAACGACCGAGCAAAAGCAACAGCCGCACUAGGAGUUGCUCCUUAAUUAAAGCUGCUAAUCUAGAUACCUGAGUAUAUAUGUAUGUAUGUAUGUAUGCAUGUGUAUAUAUGCGUAUUGCGACACAAAUAUGCGCCAAAACAAACAUUUUUACUUAAUGUCAACACACUUAUACACACACACACACACACACACUCAAACACACACCCACCCACAUUUGUGUAUGUAUGUACGUAAAUAACACUUAUAAGCACUUUAGACAGCAUAAGUGUAUCAGCUUUUAGGCGCAGCAGCGUGUCGAAGGCAAGUUGGAAUAAUAACAAAGCAAGCGACGAAAAAAGAGCGAAGAAAAUACAGCCAAAAGCAAGGCAGUAGCUGAAUUCCAGAAUUCUCGUUAAAAUACGCUAACGUUAGCUUUUGUCUACGACGACAAAAACUGCCUCGAGACGACAUCAGCUUAUUGGCUCAUUUUAAAGCAUCCAAAAGCAGCUGAGACGAGACAGCCUGUGAAAAGUAGAUAGGCAUUGACUUUGCGGGGCAUAUGUACAUACAUAUAUAUAUAUGUAUAUAUAAUUAUAAAACAAACCUUGCGGCUUGUGUGCGUACGUGAUACCAAUACAUAUUAUUCAAACAUACACUCACACCAACACACCAACACACAUAGCAGCAUAUAAAUUUUUAUAAAGUUGAAGGAUGUUUGGUGCUGAAAAAUAUACUACGUAGAGAAAUUGAGGAGUCUCUAGUCUAUGUUGUGAAACCAGUUACUGCACUGCAGAAGAAUUGUACAAAUACGCCCACACACAUACAUACAUACAUGUGUACAUGCAUAUACUGUGUGAAUUCUGUUUGAAAUCUGACGUGUUUUAGUUGCAUAUUUCACAAGAAGUAGAAGAAGAGUGAACUUUGUUUGUGUUGGUGUAUGCGAGGCAAGAAAAACGGUAACCGUGCGAGUGCCAACACCGUUGACGCCGUUUUGUAGUUCGAUCCGUAGGCAGUGCAUAGCUAACGAGGCUCACAGAAGCGCCGCAUAACGGCAGUUGCCAAUUAGUCGCCGUCACCGGUGCAAGUGUUUAAAAAUUAUAAUAAACGAUAUUGAGUUGCAGUCAAUGAGAUAUAGGUUCGGUGAUUUAUGCAAACCAGGAACAUCGUCUAUUGUUGAGAAGCAACUGCUUGAAGUGGUCAUAUGAACUGUUGCUCACUUUGUGAGGCACAAAUAAAAAAAAGAACAGAUUGCAUAUAAAAGAAUAAAGUGAGAAAUAAAAAAAAAUAAAAAAAAAAAAUAUUGUGGUCAGCGAAUAUUAAACGAGCCGGAUAAUCUCAAUAAAUACAAGCGCUGAGCGCCAUAAAACACGCAUCUCAUACGAAAGCAUAAGACCACACGUCCGUCGCACACACAUACACGCACACUCACUCACUCACUCACAUCGCAAAUAAUUGACACAACACCACAAACCACAAUUCUACAAUUCGAUCGGUGGCUGACCUACUACGUUCGCAUGCACCAAAACAACUACCACAAUAAAUACAUAUUUACAUACAUACACACAUAAAUAAAGCCACACAAUCGACCACAUCCGACGACUGGUCGUCCAAUAGCGACUGACAUCAUCAGCCGCAUCGUCGUACUCAUCGUCCUUAGCGCCGUCGUCGCCGUCGCCGUUGUCGUCGUCGUCGUCGUCGUCGUCUCAAGAUGACCACAGAUUUGUUGUUCCCGAAAAUUUCGGAUUGCUCAUAUGUCUCGUGUUACUGCGAAGAGAAUGUUUGGAAACUUUGUGAACAAGUGAAGAAAACACGCAUCGAUGAACUUUCCAAGUGCUACGCGGUGUUCGUGUCGAAUGAGGGGCGUACAGUGCCGUUGUGGCGCCAAAAAGCAGGACGUGGCGAUGAUCAGGUCGUGAUAUGGGAUUACCACGUCUUCUUCAUGCACAACCCAUCGCCAAAUCGAUGUUUGGUUUUCGACUUGGAUACAACGCUACCUUUCCCCACAUAUUUUCACAAGUACGUUACGGAAACGUUCCGCUCGGAUCUGGCGCUGAGGCCGGAACACCAUAGGUACUUUAGAGUUAUAUCCGCAGAAACAUAUCUAAGUGAAUUUUCAUCGGACCGGCGGCACAUGCGAAGGCCAGAUGGCAGUUGGAUAAAGCCACCGCCAUCAUAUCCGCCCAUACAGUCCAACAGCAAUGCACAUAGUUUGGGUGAUUUUAUCUGUAUGAAUGCAGGCAAAGGCCCCGGCACCGUGUACAGCCUCUCAGAAUUUGUGCAAACCUUCUACAAAGCGCCGAAUAUGGUGGCGCAGCAGAAUAACAAAUAAUAUCAACAGUGCUGAACAGCCAUAAAUUGAAGUGCCAGUCAAGUUAACGAGUAGAGAGAGAGAGAGUAAUGCACAACGCCGCCGUUGCGCUGGACAUUAAGAAGGAGAGUGAGGGAGAGCGGACGAGGUCGAAGGAGUUGGAACUGGACCAGAUGUUAACACUUUAGCAUAUUCAUUUAGUCGCAGUAAGGAGAGUGUCAGUGGUGCGGUAAAGCGCAUUCGCCGUCAACUGUAAGGUCACAUUCAAAACAACAUCAACAAUAACAGCAGCAAAGGCAGAUAAAAAUGAACAGAAUUGUGGGCAACGUAAUUACAUCUACAUAUAUAUAUAUAUAUAUAUAUACGUAUAAAGGCAUGUAGAUAGUUCCAAAAGCCAUAGUAGCCAGCCAUCAUCGUCAUCAUCAUCAUCGUAAACACAUUAACUUCAGCAGUACGCCACCAUUUGCUCGCUUGCACUUAGCUUUCGAAUGGCGUUGUGCACGUCAAAAAUGUGCAGCUGCAAUGUCACAUAAUUUGCAUACAAUUCGCAAUCGCCUUAGUUGAAGCCAAGCACUGCAAACUGAUGCACCUGCCAAGCGCUCGUCCAGCUGAUUUCCAAAGCAUCGAUUUGGUUUCUUCAUUCUUUACGACUUGAGGAUGUUUCAGCUAUUCAAAUCAACCAGAGCAAGCGCCGUCGUCUCACCUCGUAGCCCGCUACUGCAGCUUCAAGUGGAAUUCUUUUGCCAGCAUUCCGAAUAAAUACUUUCAAAGUAUGCGCUAUGCCGAAGAAAAGUUCCGACUUUGAUGCAUGCCAUUGCAUUAUUGAAUUAUUGAAUUACUGAUGUAUUGACGUUGGUGGCGGUGUAUGAAUUGAAAUUUGAUGGAUUCAUUGGUUUUAAUGACUUCACUUGAUGAUUUUUCUUGGUUGCUUGAUUGGAAGGGCAGUUGGAAGAGCGCAGCAGAUGCAUUGUUAGCUGUACAUCUAUAGGAAUUUCUCAUAUACCUAUGUACAUACAUAUAAUUAUUAAAGUUUGCGUGUGAUACGAUAUGGAAGGCGCUUAAACCAAAUGCACAAGCAGCGGCACUAUGGGUGGAGUGUGCGUCGAAAGGGGAAUAGAGCAGAGAGAAAACACUUUGUAAUCAAAGAUAAGACAACAUUAACUAUUAAAUAUUAAAUGACAAUUUAAAUCAGAAAACAAAAUAACAUUUACAAAUAAACUUAAUAUCUAAUAUAAUAUAUAGUUAGUUAUAAAUAAAGCAUUAACUAUUAUGACUACAAUUAACAGCUGCUUAUAAAAUUUGUAAAAAAAAAAAGCAAAAACAAACGAAAACAUAUGAAUAUUGUAAUAACAAUGAUAACGUAUUUUUGUAUUCAAAGGCAUGCUUUAAAGGCAAUUAAAUAAGAAAAAUUGAUAUUAACUAAAGACAAAAACAUAUUCAUGUUUAUAAUUCAACGUUAAAAAUCCAUAAGAAUAAACCUAACAAAAUCUGUUGUAUAAAAUUUAUAAAGCAACAUUUAAAUGGAAAUGUACAUAUAUAUAAUUUAUACCAGUUUUUAAAUUUAUAUGUUAGUAAAGACUUUUAAUUAUUUAUAUAUGUAUAUUUCUUUUUUUUUUACUUUUUCUAACUUUGCUAAACCACAUAUGAACAAAUGUUUGAACAAUUUUGUAAAAAAUAAAGCUUUAUAUGAAUUUGAAAAACAA